CUGGGCAUGGCAAGGUCUCGUGGUAGACUUGGACACCUUGCUAGUGAAGCGCCUUAAUUCUACAAAUUCUGCCGACUUCUGCGCUUAUGUUAAGAUCAUGCAAUUUUCCUCACAGUUUUCCGCUUGAAAAGCUCGAGCCGCGAGUCAAGCCGGCGCGGUCGCUGACUUCUCCGCGCCGUGAGCUGCCACCGUGCUCAAAGUGGAUUGAACGCCGGAAUUUCACUGGAUAUUCGAUCAUGUUGUACAUAAGUCGCUCGUAUGCCUGUUGUCGAUCCGGGGCAAAUGGCCAACAAAAGGCUCAGCACCUCCACGAUGAGGUGGUUAGGGACUUCCACCGCCACGAUCUUCCUUCAAUAUCAUCAUGGCUCUUAUCCUGUCUGCGCUGCUGGGCCUCGCCCAAUUGCCGAUUGCGCAUGCUCUCAGUUCGCUGAAGAUUGACACAACCUCUGGUAUGGUGCAGGGUGCAGUCGAUUCGAUUACACCAGACGUUGCCCACUUUCUGGGUGUACCCUUCGCUGAGCAGCCUCUGGGCAAGCGCCGCUGGUUGCCGUCCAUACCAAAGACCAAAGAGCAUGGAACAAUCGAUGCUUCCAAUUUCGCACCUGCAUGCCCGCAAUUUGAAGGCAACACAGACAAUGUUUGGUUGACCGAUGCUCCCGAGUUUGUCAUCACGCCAAGAAACUACACCGGCGAGGAUUGCUUGACGGUCAAUGUGUGGGCGCCGUGGAAAGAGGAGGCUAAGCAGAGCAUACACACGGAAGGAGCAUACGAUUCUGAGGAGAAGUUGCCGGUCAUUGCAUGGAUCCACGGUGGCUCCUUCCAGACGGGGGCCUCUACAGUACCUUACCAAGAUCCUAGCCCAUGGAUUCAGAGGAGUGGCAGGCACAUUGUUGUUGGCAUCCAAUAUCGUCUGGGCAUUUUCGGACAGCCUAACGCAGCAGGUCUUGCUGAUGAUGAGCAGAACCUUGGUCUCCUUGACCAGCGCCUCGCUCUUGAAUGGAUCCGCGACAAUAUUGCUAACUUCGGUGGUGACCCAGAACGCAUCACUCUCUGGGGUCAGUCCGCCGGUGCCAUCUCUGUCGAUGCGUACAAUUUUGCCUAUCCGGAGGACCCCAUCGUCUCUGCUCUGAUCAUGCACUCCGGAACCACUUUUUUGACACUCACCUCUAUAGACCCUGAGCACACCAACUUCACAUCUGUCGCCACUUCCCUUGGAUGCGGCAACCUCAAUGCCACAGCGGAAGUCGACUGUCUUCGAGAAGUCCCCUACACGGAUAUCAUCUCCUUUCUCAAGGCGCGCUCCGACAACGGCACAAUCCCCGGCCUUACCUUCAACCCCAUCAUCGACAACCGUACCAAGUUCAGUAACUACACCGCGCGCGCACUAGCCGGAAACUACACCCGCAUGCCGGCCAUCAUCGGCACCACUGUCGAUGAAGGCAAUGUAUUCCUACCUUACAACCGUACCUACGGUCCCAACAUGAAACUUGCCGACUUCAUCACCCUUGGCUCUUUCCUCUGCCCAACUUUGCAAACCACUCACGAUCGCUUUGUGUCCAAAUCGACGACCUUCCGCUACCUCUACGGCGGAAACUUCACCAACAUCGCCCCGCAGUGGUGGCAAGGCGCUUACCACCAGUCAGACAUGCCUCUUGUGUUCGGUACGCACAACACUGCGCGCAGCAAUUCGACGCCACUGGAGUUUGCUGUGAGCGAGGCGAUGCAGGACUUCUGGCUUGCGUUUGCUGAAGAUCCUGUUAAAGGUCUUCCUGAGGCUGGGUGGGAGGCGUAUGAGCCAACUGGUGAGGCGGUGCUCUUUGGAUGGGAGGGCAAGGCUGUGCAGCCCAUCAAGGAAAGUGAUUUGGAGGCGCCGUGUAAUGGUCUUGUGCCGAACGGACUGCCUAAGCCGCCGACAUUCUAGGCACAGAUUCUGGGAGUGACAGAAAAACAGACUCAUGAUGAUGAUGUAUAACGUAGAUUGGAAAAAUUGAUGUAGAUCACUGCAAGC